AUGAGCAACUUGAUCUUGACGACACUUGAUCCAAACAGUGAGGAAUGCACGUUUGCCGUUGAGAUGAUGAACGAUUGGACAAUGGAGAUUUUUCAGGUUUGGCAUAUCAUCAUGUCAACGAUCUCUUUCUUCUCUCUUAUCUAUGUGUAUUUGCGCUAUCGGAAGAAACUGUUACUGUUUCAUGUGAAUGCAUCGGUAGGCCUA